GAGAGGGAGGGAGGGAAUCAAUCACAGAGGGUCGCACAUGGCACAUGCACCACUCGCUAGCAGUGCUUGCAUGUGUGCUGUGGGCCGUCCGCCUCCCGAGGUGACGUCCGGAACUGCUGGGUUUGUGUGUGUCGCUUCUUAAAGUUGGGGGGGUGAGGUCUGCCUUUUUUUUCCCUCUUCUUCUCCUCCAGACUCUUUUCUCUCGACUUUCAACUGCUCUGUUACUUUGACCGUGCCUGUUGCUGUUAUUGUGCUUCAAGCGAACACAUCUCUCUCUGAAGUACUCUCCAUCUCGUGCGCCGCCUUGCGCCGUUCUUAGCCUACCCGCGUCGGAUCUCCGAUUGUUCCUCCCUUGGGGAGCUCCUGCGACCCCUCCCUCCCCUUGAAAGAUGGCUCUCAGGCCGGGAGAGGAAAAUGUGGCCACGCUCUUUGGCGAUGUGCAUUACUUCUACGGCCCGCCCACCGACUCACCUCCACACCACCGCUUCGACAAGGGCUCAUAUGUCUACCUGUUCGAGAACGCAAAUGAGGGGAGGGCGCGCAUAGAAGUCGCAAACCACGUCGGCACAGACGACCAGGAUGCAUUUGAUGGGUUCCUCGACAAGGUCCACGUCACCUACUCCUACAGGCAGCACUGCAUGGUCAACCUGGCAGUCGGCGACGUCGAGGGCCACGACGAGUGGCACCUGCCGACGUACGACCCCCACAACCAGAACAAGUACCACUACAAGCUGCACUCCCUCGACAUCUACUUCUGGACCCAGCACGACGCCCUCUCCUUUGUAAACGGCAUCCGGCGCGUCCUGCCACCGAACCAGGUCGACGUCCAGGAUGAGCCGGGCCCACCGUCACGCGCCGAGCAGCGGCACCACCACCAGCAGCACUCACACUCGCACGCAGCCGACGUGAACCCGCUCGUCCAGAAGCUGGAGAACGCCGCCAUCUUCUCAGACGCCUCGAAGAUCCCCCCGCCGCCGCCCCAGCAGCCCAACGGCGGCAGGGGCAGCAGCACCAGCAACACCAACAUCCCCUCCUUCGCGCCCCCGCCGCUCUCCGCCCUGCCCAACAACGACGACGGAAACGACACACCGCCAGAAUCCACAACCUCGCCCGCCAGCUUCGCCCCGAUGGCCUACAACCCGGCCGCCCCGGCGGCCCCGGAGCAGAUCCGCCACCGCGAGAAGACCCCGCCCCCCGAGGACGGCGACGUCAACCCCCUGCACGCCCGCCUCGCCCAGGACGCCGGGACCCCCUUCUCGCCCGGGCUCGUGUCGGGCAUGCCCGCCCACAUGCACAUGACGAGCAGCCCGCUGAGCCCGGGCGUCCCGCCGCCCCAGUUCGGCGCCGGCCCCCCCGGGGCGCCCAGCUUCCCCGGCCCGCCCGUCGCGAGCCCGGGCCUGCCGCCGCAGGGCUUUGGGGUAGGGGGAGGGGUGGGAGGCGUGGGAGGCGUGGGACACCCGCACCCGGGCCUGGCGCGCGCCGCCACCAUGCCCGCCCACGCCCACGGGAUGCCCUCGCCCGCGCUGCAGAGCCCGUACGGCGCCGGGCCGUCACAGUUCCCAGGGAGCCCAGGCUUCGCCGCGCCGCACCAACAGCAGCAGCCGCACGGGACCUCGACCCCGACCCCGCCGCCCCCGCCGCCGCCGGGGGCGCCGCCGCCGGGCGGCUUCUCAAACUACACGUACGCGACGCAGCAGGGGGGCGGCCACGGCGCGGGCGGCGGCGGCGAGUACGGGAUCCACCAGCAGGCGUACCGGCCGACCGAGGGCGAGGUGGCGGCGCGGGGGUACAAGGCUGCCAAGAAGGAGCGGGAGCCGCGGGGCAGGCUGGAGGAGAAUGCCGGGCGGCUCGAGCGCGGGGUUACUGGGAUGUUUAAGAAGUUUGAGAAGAAGUUUGGGUGAUUGGGGUGUGGUGUGGUGUGUGUGUGUGUGACGGUGCGGUGCGGUGCGGUGCGGUGCGGUAUGGGCUGCUUUAUGUACUGUGCUGUGCUGUGCUGUACUGUACUGCUAUGGAUAACUAGUAUGCGGUACUGGCUUGGUUGUUGUGGUUCUUUCAGCCGAGCGCAUAGUCUGUAUGUGUGUGUGGCGACUGGUCUGGCAGUCCUUGUGCGAUGCCGUCACGGUUGGGUGGGGGUGGAGUAGGUUUUGGCUAGCUGCUUGGGGGGGCGGGGGCAUUAAUUGGCGUUUUUUUAUAUUUAUUUUCUUGGGUUUGUUUAUCUGUCUGUCUGUCUGGCCUGGGAUCACAUACACAUACACAUACAUCUAGGCUUUGAGCUCAGCAGGACGGACAUAUGGACAGACGCGUGUAAUCGGGUAGGUAGCUUGGGCAGUGAUAGCCCACACUGAGUAAUGAAUAGGACAUUUGUCCUCGAAAUAUACUACAGGGUUGGUUCCGUGUAAUUCGGGCGGGACUUUAUAUUGGGAGGCCGUCUUGUGUUGGGAACCCGUCUUGUGCGGAUGGGUGGAUGUGGAUGGAUAGACCCACAAACAGGCCGGUUUUUGUUGUCAGAGCAAGCCCACAUCAGAUGAAUCCAACUAUCCAUCAUUAGCUCUCCUAAAGACCAAUCCAAAGUCCAAGUGAAAGAUUCAUUUAUUCGUUUAUUCAUUCAUUCAGGGAGAACAGAUUGCAAGGAAAAGUACCCUAGGGUGAGCAAGCAAGCAAGGCAAACAAAC